GUUUAUAUCACGCUUUUUACUCGGUGGAUUCGACUUUUACGAAACUAUAAACAUAGGUCGAAAAUGUUAAAUUUGUUAAAUAAAACCAAGAGUAUUUUAAUACCAAAUCUGCGUAAAACUGCCAGCCGUGCCACCCACGAUGUGGUCAAGGAAUCGUCAUCAGAGGUUGCAGUGUCAAAAACAACGACGCCACCACUUAUCUUGCCACUCAAUUGGCCGCAGUAUGAACCAAUGAAUCGUGCCGUUUCACGACAAGUUUGGAUUGAAAACAUUGAUGAUGUGCCGGAACGUAAAGUAGGCAUUAUCGAAUUGCACCCGGACGUUUUUGCAACACAGCCCCGCGUUGAUGUCAUACAAGAAAAUAUAGAAUGGCAGCGUAAAUAUCGUUAUGUAAGUUUUGCCCAUACCAAAACACGCGCGGAAGUGCGUGGUGGUGGAAGAAAACCAUGGCCUCAGAAAGGAAUGGGACGUGCCCGACAUGGAUCCAUAAGAUCGCCCUUAUUCCGUGGUGGUGGCGUUGCGCACGGACCACGUUCACCCACCACACAUUUCUAUAUGCUACCGUUUUACAAGAGAGUGAUGGGUUUGACUGCAACGCUUAGUGUAAAACUUGCACAAGACGAUCUACAUGUUAUUGAUACCGUUGAUGUGCCCACACAAGACCCACAGUUCAUUAAAGAAUUGAUAAAAGAACGCAACUGGGGACCUUCUGUGUUAAUUGUGGACAGAGAUGAUAUUUUUCCAGAGAAUAUUUCUUAUGCCACCGAUGCGCUGAGUUAUGUGAACUUAAUGCCUUCAUAUGGUCUCAAUACAUACUCAAUGCUUAAACACGACACUUUAGUGCUAACUGUAAAUGCGGUGAAACAUAUCGAGGAGCGCUUGUUGUAUCAACUCCAUCGAACUGAUGGGGCAAAGAAAGGAGGCAAAUUCAAAUUGGAUCAAGUCUAAAAUAGUUUGCUAAUUUUUUUGGAUUUAUUAGAUUUGCUCGAUUUCUUUAAGAAAGUCUCGUCGCUAUCCAAGUAAUUCAAAACGUUGUAUAAAUCUAAAAUAUUAAAUGCAAUAGAAGCAGCAUUUAUCUAUAGAAUAAAUAUGUGAAAAUGUUAGAAAUAAUA